AUGAUACGGCAUCCCAAUAACCAGCCAAAGCCUCAGAAUGCCAUCACCAUUGCGGUGUCAUCGCGUGUCCUCUUCAACAUGGAUAAGGAGCAGCAAAUCUACGAACAGAAAGGCAUGGAGGACUACCUCAAGUACCAGAUAGAACAUGAGAUGGAGCCCUUCGCCCCUGGCCCUGCUUUUCCUUUCGUUAAGGCUCUGGAGGCAGUGAAUACUCGGCUGAGGGAGCUGUACCCUGAGAGUGAGGAGCUCUUUGACGUUGUGCUCAUGACCAACAGCCACGCACACGCCGGUCUCCGACUCAUAAACAGCAUCAACCACCAUCAGCUCUUCAUUGAGCGUUUCUGUAUGACGGGUGGGAACAGUCCCAUUGGGUACCUGAAGGCUUACCACACUAACCUGUACCUGUCUGCUGACCCCAUGAAGGUCCGAGAGGCCCUGGAGGAGGGGAUCGCAGCAGCCACCAUGUUUAAUCCACCAGAGAAGAGAACAGAAGUGUCAGAGACUCAGCUGCGGGUGGCCUUCGAUGGGGACGCAGUGCUCUUCUCUGACGAGUCAGAGCGCAUCUUUAAGGCCCAUGGACUGGACAAGUUCUUUGAGCAUGAGAAGACACACGAAAACACGCUUCUUGAUCAUGGACCACUGAAAGGGUUCCUGGAGUCUCUGGGGAAGCUGCAAAAGAAGUUCUAUGCCAAGGAUCAGCGUCUGGACUGCCCCAUCCGUACCUACCUGGUGACGGCACGCAGCGCAGCCAGCUCAGGCACCCGGGCCCUGAAGACACUGCGAUCCUGGGGCCUGGAGACAGACGAGGCCCUCUUCCUUGCUGGGGCCCCUAAGGGGCCAAUGCUGGAGAAGAUCCGGCCUCACAUAUUCUUUGACGAUCAGUUGUUCCAUGUGGAGGGAGCUUCGCAGCUGGGGACCGUGGCAGCUCAUGUGCCAUAUGGUGUGGCUCAGAAACUGCCCCAGCAGAAGCCUGCUAAGGAGAACACUAAAGACUUUAGCGCUGCCACCAAGUAG